AUGGAGCGGGCAGAGGGCCGGUCCGGCGCCCCCCAGUACGUGCAUGUGCAGCUGCAGGGGGGCGCGCCCUGGGGCUUCACGCUGCGCGGCGGGCUAGAGCACGGCGAGCCCCUCAUCGUCUCCAAGGUGGAGGAUGGGGGCAAGGCUGCACUGUCCCGCCGGCUGCAGCCAGGUGAUGAGCUGGUGAACAUCAGUGGGACGCCACUGUACGGAUCCCGCCAGGAGGCCCUCAUCCUCAUCAAGGGCUCCUACCGCACUCUGAAGAUGGUUGUUCGCAGGAGGAGCGUGCCCGUCUUCCGGCCCCAUUCCUGGCAUGUGGCCAAACUUGCCGAAAGCCGCCCAGACGUCCCCACCAUGCACUGCCCGGCUGAUGCCUUCAGCCUCUCCUGGCCUUCGGGGUGUGAUGUCAGCACUGACCGGAGCAGCUCCAUCGGGAGCAUGGAGAGCCUGGACCAUCCCAGCCAGGCCUGCUAUGAAGGAGACCCCUCACCCGUUGACCAGGGCAUGUACCACAGCAAGCGGGACUCUGCCUACAGCUCCUUCUCUGCCAGCUCCAUUGCCUCUGACUGCGCCCUCUCUCUCCGUCCUGAAGAGGCAGUGUCCAUUGAUUCCAGUCUCCAAGGCCCCUGCAAAGCCCCUGACAGGCGCUACCUGACCACAGGGGCUGAGCCAUCUGCCAGCUGGCACCCUGAGGCCUGGCGGGCACCAGUGCCCCCCCAGCCCCCUGUCAGGAGGGACAGCCUGCGUGCAGCCCCAGCUGGCAGAGGGGACAGGUGCCAGGCCUCAGUGUCAGCGGAUAUGCUGCAUGCCAAGGGCCGGUGGAUCUCUGACACCUUCCUCUGUCAGCGGGAUGGGGAGGCAGAAGUAGUGGGCAGGAGGAAAGUGGCACCAUACCCCACAAAGGACUGUUUCUCUGCUGACCAGUAUUACAUGCUGAGCUCCCACCCGGACCGUUGCCCAGCUGAGCCACUCCUGGGGGAGAGCAUGGAGUCUGACAACCAGCCAUACGUGGAUGACAGCAUGCACCAAGUGCCUGAUGCCACAACAGCAGGUGACAACCCAUUGUUGUCCCCUCUCAAGGGCCACAUGUCGCACCGUCACAGUGCUCCCGAGCAACUGCUGGCCUCCCAGUUCCGCUCUCUCCAGCUGGGCACCAACAGCGGGCGAGCCUCUCCAGCCCCCAGUGGGCAACACUGGACCUUGUCCCCGCUGCAUCCUGAGGGCAGCCGAGGGGGAACCACAGGGGCUGCCCAGGAUCCCCCACACUGCCCAGAGCCCUGCUGCCGCCCACCACCCUGCCGCUGCUGCCCUGAGCUGCAGCAAGCCUGCGGGCCAGAUGGCCAGGGGACUAGCCCAGUACUCAGCGCUGAGGGGCCAGUGGAGGAGGAGAGCCAGGGAGGGGCCCGGCGGGCUGGGGGUCCUCCCCACCGCUCUGCUCAGAUGCGCCGCCGCAGCGACCGCUUUGCCACCAGCCUGCGCAACGAGAUCCAGCGGCGCAAAGCCCAGCUGCAGAAGAGCCGGGGGGGUGCUGGUGCACCUCCGCCUGGUGAGGAGCCAGUGGAGGAAACUGAGGAGCCCCCAGAGGGCAGUGUACUGGCAGAGCGACAACCUGCCCCGCCUGAGUGUCUCAGCCCCGCACCGAGUGAGGAGAGCAGGAACUCUGGCCGCUCUGCAGAUCGGGGCAUUCCCACCCCUGACCCAGCCCCUAAAGGGCCCUUGUCCCCUGAGCGGGUGGUGCCAACAGCCAGGGGCCGCUGGCGCUGGUCCCCGGAAAACAAGCUGCAGCCACAACACUCGCCCAGCCACAGUGAACUGGAGGGCUACAGCCAGGGCCCAGCGGCCUGCAGCUCCCCACCACGAGGCAGCGACGAAGCAGUCCUGCUGCCCUUUGCCGACCGCCGCCGGUUCUUUGAGGAGAGCAGCCGACUGGCACCACCCCGGCACAGCAAGUUGCCAGCAGGUGAUCCCAGCACCUUCCAGCCCCCUGGCCCUGAGCACCGGGAUGUCCGCCGCCUCUCUGUGGACCAGCCCUACAGCCCACCCUCACCCAACCGCCCUGGCUCUGCUGGCCCCUAUGCUGAGUGCUGCCGGGAGCAGCCCCACUGUUACAAGCCACUGGGGAGGCCAGGGGAGCUGGAUUACCUGCGGGGCUUCUCCUACUCCUAUGGGGUUCCCCUGCGCCCUGAGCCCUGCCGCUACUGUGGAGGGGACCUGUGCCCACCACCACGGCCCCGUGGCCACACAUGCCACUGUCAUCCUGUGUCCUGGGUGCGCUGCCCUGACUGCUGCUACCCAGCUACCCGUCCUGGGCGAGAGGAGAGUGAUGCUUGGCCCCCCCGGAGAGCUUUCGUCCCAGAAUUUCCUCAGGAUGAGUGGGAACCACCUGCAAUCACCAGGAAAGUCAGCCAGUCCAUCAGUGAGCUCUCCAGCUACCCACCUGGUUUCCCAAGGCUUGGCCCAUUCCACACCUGCCUUGAGAGCACUGAGCCAGAGUGGCCACCCUGCUACCGGGCCAUAUCCACGCAUGACCUCUUGUGGGAUAGUGAUCACCUGGCCCACAACCCUGAGAGCCCCCCGGAUCCGGUGCACCGCCCACUAAGGGGCAGAGCCUUCUCUGAGAGCCAUCUCAACCUGGAACCUUCCAGUCCCUGGGGCUGUGACCAGAAGGACCUUUUCCGUGCCAAGCUGGACCCUCCCAGCAUCCCCAAAAAGAAGGGCCCCCCACCUCCCCGCCCACCUCCGCCCAACUGGGAGAAGUACAGACAGCGUCGGGCAUCCCAGCACCCACCAGAUGGUGCUGGGCAUGGCUCUGCCUUCUCUGCUGCCCCAAUGCCAAUCCGCAGCAUUGCUGAGGCAGUGAGGGAGCGGUCACAGAGCCUCACCGGGGAGCAGAAAGGCCAGUCCUGGGGGCACACUGCUUGCCCCCCUGCUUCGUCAGGUGCCUGGCCCCGACCUGAGGCCCCCAGAUCACUCCGCAGGACUCCUGGGCCUGAUGCUGCCAACGCUGAAAUUUGCAGGGUGUCAGGAGCCAGGGAGAAGCGGACAAAGAUGAAGCGGUCUGGGGAGAUGGAGGAGCAGCCCCAAAGGCUCAUCCAGAACCAGGAGCAGGGCUAUGCCAGUCCCCGUGGGGUGGGUGAGUGCUCCCUGUCCCUGCAUUGUGGCUCUGGCCCUGCCCUGCCGGAGGCACUUAAGCCCAGUUCUGGGGCAGUGGAGGGGGUCAGCUGCCAGGGCAGCUGGCCCCAGCCCCGCUGCAUGGACUCGGAGGAACGACUGUGGGACGUGGCUGUCAGGGACCAUUCCCUGGCCAGUGUCCUGGCCCCCUUGGCUUCCCCUGGCACUGCCAGUGAGGUGAUGGGUGAGCUGCUGGUGGUAGGGGAGCGACAGGCCUGGCGGAAGAGUCUCCAGCAGGACUGGCACCUGGAGGCCCUGGCACAGGACAGGCAAGGUUUUGAGCCCAUCUCGCUGCCUCCCAAGAGUGCUGCCAGCUCCAGUUCCUUCCCAGUGCACUUUGGUGUUGCAGUGGGCAAAACUGAGCCACUCAACAAGGUAAAGGCACUGCCGGAGGUAGUGGAGGGGAACUCGGAGGAUGAGGAGGAGGAGGUGGACCAUGAGCUGGUGGAAAAGAAGCUGCAGCUGAUCGAGAGUCUGAGCCGCAAGCUGGUGGUGCUGCAGGAGGCACAACGGGGGCUGCAGGAGGACAUUAGUGCCAAUGGGGCACUAGGUGAAGAUGUGGCUGCUCGCCUGCAAGCCCUCUGCACCCCAGGGGAGUUUGACAAGUACCGCCUCUUCGUGGGUGACCUGGACAAGGUGGUCAAUCUCCUGCUCUCCCUCUCGGGUCGCCUGGCCCGGGUGGAAACUGCCCUGGGCAGCCUCGGGCCGCAUGCCCCUCCUGAGGACAAGCUGGCCCUGCGGGAGAAGCAGCGGCUGCUGGUCGCACAGCUGGAGGAUGCCAAAGAGCUGAAGGAGCAUGUGGGGCGGCGUGAGGAGGCAGUGGGUGCCAUGGUGGCACGGUACCUGCCCCCCGAGCACCUCCAGGACUACCAGCACUUUGUCAAGAUGAAGUCAGCCCUCAUUGCUGAGCAGAGGGAGCUGGAACAGAAGAUCAAGCUGGGCCAGGAACAGCUCAGGUGCCUGCGUGAGAGCCUUGGCCAGGCCUCCAAGGACUGCUAGCCCCCUACCCAGUCUCCCUCCGGGAUCCUGGCUGUGAUCCCAGAUUGCUGCCAAAGAGGAUCCAGCCCCUUGUGGAUUCUCCCUGUGUCUGUUCAUCUUUCCAGCCCCUGCCUUUUAUUUAUUUUUCUGAUUUACCAAGCAGGGGAGGGGGUUGCCAGUCCAGGUGCUGACAGGAGUUGUUGUGCCACAGAGCUGUCAUGGGCUCUGGCCACUCAGCAGUCUGUGGCCCAGCAAGACCAGAUGGAUGGAUGCUACCGCCACUCUCAUGGGUCUUUCUGUGCCCAUGAGGUCCCUCCAACUUGUCCUGGACACCAGUGCCUCUCUUGUAUCUGGUGCUGCACCACAUGCCUUAAACACCCCCCAGCUACUAUUCAUGCAGCAUCUGAAAGGGUUAAACCGUGCUCACCAGCUUCCUGUUUGCCCAGCUCUGUCCAUCUGUGUGUGGGGAGGGAGCUGAAGGAAUUUCAGCCCCAGCAUCCUCUUCCUCCUCAUUGUGUCAGAAACAAUGGCCCCAGCCAGCAGGUUCUUAACCCACUCCCUGCUGGCUGAGGGACCACAGGGGGCCGAGGUGAGUGCCAGUAGGUGUUGUGUACCUGUGUCUUGGGAUAGUACCCUGCCAGGGCAUGGAUGCUGGGACAAAUACACUGAGGCCUGCGCUACUCUCUGUCACCAAUACUGUGGGCAUGGAGACAACCCAGCCCCAACCAGCCCUCACCUGUAGCUUCUAGCUCAACACCAGGAGUGAUUAAUAGAGGAAACACCACAUUAAGGACCAAACGGGGUACCUGUCCCCUCCUUUCUGCUGCAACAGCCACAAAUAGCACUUAGAUGUCACCCCCGCCACUGUCCACCUGUCUCCAUGGCAUGAGCAGGUGCCUUCAUACUGAUUUUGCACAGGGGUUUAAUGCAACCAGCAGGAGCUUGGGGCAGGAGGGGUAAACGUUUUGGGGAGGCGUGUAGGCAGCAGUGCUUUGGUGUGGCCCAAUAGCUGGACAACCCGGCCCAGGGUUCAGGCAGCAUCCGUGCCUGCCUGUGAGCUCCAGCAGGAGCCCUGCUGUGUUGCUACCCCUGCUCUGGGCUACCCUUUAGCCUGUUAAACACUACACUUCACACUUGCCUGGCUGUACUGUGGGAUGGUGCCUGGCAGGAGUGGGGUCCUCAACAUUCCCUCCAUCUCAACCACCCCAGGAUCAUUGCUAGGACCAAAGACUGCACCCCCUGAGGCCAUGCUGCUCUCGUGGUGGGGUUCAGCAGCCCUGCAAAGGGCCCUGUGCUGGAGCUGCCAGUGCCUG